UGCCAAACAUACCGCCUUAAUUUUCUCGAAUUUCACACUCCAGGAAAAAAAACCCUCCACUGACUGCGUUUGUCUAAGCACAACCUCUUGGUGCUCUCACCUAUUGUCACGAAGUGAGGCUCUGAAGCCAUUACUUUACCUAAUCAUUAAAUGUUUAGGAAACUGGUUGGUUCUUUUCUCAUCCAUAUUUAAUGUUCAAUCAAUUGAGGUUUAUAUAGACUCUUCGCGGUCGGCUGCUCAAUCCACUAUACUGCCGCAAUGCGUCGGCACAGUGGAUUCGAAGUCCGAAAUACUUAUUCGUGAGGCAUCAUUCAUUAUCGCUUGCUCUUCAAGAGAUAUCUCAACCUCCCGAUACGAGCAAUUGGUUGUUCCAGAUUCCCCCUGGUUCCAGUCUCCCAAGCGAGCUUGAAGUGCCUCUUCCACCCACGGCUGUAUUUUUGAAUAAUACAAUUGACUGGGAAGUGGUAGAUAAAAUUUUGGAGCAACACCCCUUGUUAGCCAAGGCCAUCAACUUGGGCACAUCCAGAUACAGGGACGCCUUUUUCUUGGCUUCUCUGUGGGAUAUCUCACAUCUCGUGCAGCAAAAAGCGCCGUGUACUUUUGAGUACGAGAGUAAGUAUAUUAAGGCAACCAACGGCGACAAAGAUCUCAUCAAAUGCAAUUUGACAUGCAACCUCCCCGGUGUGCCUCCACUGAAGACCAGUGCGACUUCCACCCAAAAAGUAGGUCCAGUUUUCUGGAGACGGUGAGAACGUUCCACUGACAAAGUAUUCCAGGCUCGAGCCACAAAUGCGGCAGUUUUGCAACUACUUCUCGUGCUCGAAGAGAAGCAACAAUUGGAUGUCUUAUUAUCCUUCGUCACACCAAAAUGGAUUCCAAAAGACGCGAACAAAGGAUUGGACAAUAUUAAUGUUCAGCCCACAGAUACGGCACCAGUAAUGGCAUCGUCGGGAAUGAUGUCAACCCUGCUAGCACCAUUAGCAGCACAACAAAAACUAGCAACAGAACCGACACCAGUAGAGGAACCACAAGAAGAAAUUCCACACAGUAACCAUGUCACCCGCGAGGUCUUUAACUAUGCAGCAAGAUACCUACAUGUUCCGAGAUAUACAGUUACUGUCCAACCGCAUUCCAAAAGAAAAAUUUUGAACAAUUUCACCAGGUCAGGAAAGCUUAGACCUCCAAAGCGAACUUUUACCGUUGAGAUCUCCUUGCCUGAGCAUGGCAUCCAUGCAACCGCAAUCGGAGACUCUUUCGGCCUCGUGGAGGCUCGGGCUUGUGUAAAUUUCAAAAAACAAGCUGAAAAAUAUCACAUUGCGAAUCCCGUACCUUCUAAUCCAUUCGAAGGACCAAUCUUUCUAAGUACUGGAAAUGCGAAAAACUUCAUGGAUUUUUACAAUGACUACAAUGCUAAAAUAGACAUUAAAGUGAUACGCGCGGGCGGCCUUUGGAGAGGUCAAGCCUUUGCUAAAGAGUCUAAAACUAGUGCUCAUGAAUUAAUUGGCCAGGUCAUUAAAAGAAACAGUUCCCAUGGCCUUGAAACGUUAACUCUACUGGUGGCUGCAGUCACAAUAGUCAAGCAAAGACCUGAGCUACUCUUGCAUUAUGUGGAGAACCUAGACUCAAGGACUGGAAAGUACGUCGGCAAAGCUCACCCUAUGGAGCUUGAAGUACAGCAGAGUAGUCAGCAUCUAAUGCAGCGUACGGUGGAAACUACUUCAAAGUUAGAUUUAUCUACGCCACUUACGGAUGAACCUGUGGGUUAUGGUGUCUCUUUUUUUCCACGUCUUCCCGAAAAUCCCCUUCUAUAUAAUGGCAUAAAGACUCAGCGACGUUCUCAUGAUUUACUUACGUGGUACCGCCGAAGGCCGGCCGGUCAACGACACGGGACUUUACUUCCUCUAAACAAGCAUUCUUCAGAAGUACUGUGUCACGUUGAGAGCAACCAAUACUCAAUUAUUGUCGGGAGAACCGGGAGUGGAAAGACGACUCAACUGCCUCAGAUCAUUUUGGAUGAUUGUAUUCGCAAAGGGCAUGGUGGAACAUGCAGGAUCAUCUGCACACAGCCACGAAGGAUAGCGGCGACUUCAGUAGCUCAACGUGUUGCCGAAGAACGCGGUCAAGAGUUGUGCGAUCAAGUUGGAUACAAAAUAGGUUCCAAUGCCCAACUUCCCAAUCUUAGAGGAAGCAUCACAUAUUGUACCACAGGAAUCGUCUUACAACAAUUAAUUCACUCCCCCGAUGAUCUACUUGAUAACAUCUCACAUCUUAUUAUUGAUGAGGUACAUGAGAGAGAUAUAAAUAUUGAUUUCCUUUUGACUAUAUUAAGAAAACUUAUAAAGGAGAGAAUGGAAUCUGGAAAAAGGACUCCUAAAGUGUGUUUCAUGAGCGCCACCGUGGACGCCGAAAUGUUUCAAGAAUACUUCGCUUCAACAGAAACGGCCGUAGGAGAUGUAUCCUGCCCAGUUCUUCAUGUGGAGGGUCGAGCUUUUCCAGUCGAAAGGCAUUAUCUUGAGAAUAUCAUGGACAGUUUCAAAGAAACAUAUCCAGGAAACCAUGCCAUUUGGGCCUUUCUUGGUUCUACCUCGAUUCAACGUUAUCUGGAGAGUGAAGAAAAUGAUAAAAAAUCCAAUCCACCGGUUGAUGUUGAGACAGAGAAGGUUGACUCUGUGAUUAGAUGGGAUAGCCACGACGAUGACCCCGAUAGUCUGCAAAAUCAGAUGAAAAUGGAUCUCGUGGAGGGCCUAGUACCCGUUGAAUUAGCUGCGGUUGUGAUUGCACACAUAGCGCAAACCACAGAGGAUGGUGCAAUAUUACUUUUCUUGCCAGGCUUACGGAGUAUCAAUGCAGUUGAAACGGUUCUCAGGACGCAAUACAUCCUUGAUGUAGACUUCAACAACGAGGAUAAGUUCAAGAUUUUCAAAUUACACUCUUCUACUUCAGAUGAAAAUCCAGAAGUUUUCAAGCCAGUCUCCCAAGGUUGUCGAAAGAUCAUUCUAGCCACGAACGUGGCCGAGACUUCGAUCACCGUCAACGAUAUCCAAUAUGUUGUGGAUACUGGGAAACACAAGGAAGAUAAUUUCCACCAGAAGUUACGAAUUUGGUCAUUGCCUUGUAAAUGGGUUAGCAAGUCAAGCGUGAAACAGAGAUCCGGUCGAGCGGGCCGUGUUAGGAACGGUAGUUAUUACGCUCUCUUUUCGUGAGUCAUUCGUCCAACCCCUUUUCACAUUUCACGAUUGACAUGAUGCAGAAAACGACGCUACGAUUCCCUAAAAACAAUUUCUCGUCCAGGAAUGCGUCGUGUCGAUUUGCAGAGCAUGUGUCUUGCAAUUAAAGUUCUGGGUUACCCCGAACGCAUUCAGGAUUUCUUAGCUGGCGCUCCAGAGCCACCGUCACCACAAGCAAUACAGUCAAGCGUUGAAAGUCUUAAAACACUUGGGGCGCUCACCGAUACUGAAGCGAUCACUCCUCUGGGAAGUUUACUUGGAAAGCUACCGCUGCGCCCGGCACUCGGCAAAAUGAUAAUUCUCGGAAUAAUUUUUCGUUGCUUGGAUUCUAUGAUAAUUUUAGGGGCCCUCGACGGCAUACUCCUUCAUGUAAGGCCACUAGGCAUGGAAGAAGAAUCUGAUUCGGCAAUGAGGGGGUUCGCAAAGGCAUCCAAGAGCGAUCAUAUCGCCAUGCUCAAUGCAUUCCGUGCGCUUCGUAAUCUGGAAGAAGUUGAUGGACCUGAAAUCAUGCGCUCAUUUGCACACCAGAAAUUCCUUAGUGUAUCGAGUUAUGAAAAGGUAAAACGAUCCGUGGUAUUAAUCCAGCGGGCGCUUCAGCGGGACGGCUUGAUACAAAGUUCUCAGACGGCUGUCGCCCACGGAUCUGGUAUAGAAUAUGGCGGGGCUCUGCUGAAUGAGAACUCGGAUCAAGACGGCUUAAUAAGGGCACUUCUUGUGCAGGGCUUGUACCCGCAUAUUGGUACAUGGGAUAACCACACAUCCAAAUAUCAAAUCGUGACUAAUGAAAAAAUUCACGUCUCGAUCCAUCCUUCUUCCAUUAACAACCCCAAGCAGCGGCCCAGUCUGCACAUUGAGGGCAUCAAAUCACCAUCAAAGGGAAACGCUAGGUUAUUAUCCUUCAGCACCCUUGCUCUUCUCAGCGAGAACAAUCUUGUUAUGCACCGCACAACUGCCGUCACUCCUUUCAUGGCAUCUUUAUUUAGCGGAACUUUGAACCAAAACGAUGUGAAUGUAGACAGGAUCGAGGUUGACAAAUGGCUACCAUUCGAUGUGCAGAGCACAGAAGAGCAUAAGGCCACAGAAGGUGCUGCGGCACGUACAAUCGUACAAUUCAAUAAAGCACUGCGACAAUUGGAGAAAGCUGCCUUCAGGGAUUUGGCCAAGGGUGUAUAUGUUGUUGACAAUGAAAUGUCUCGUGUUCUGGGUAAUGCGUUGAGGAAUUUGCUGGUUAUUGAGCAAGAUGUCGAAAGAGCUGCAGAAGAGUAUGAAUUUGAUCUUAAUAUGAGCAUACACAAAUUUUGGACUCCAUCAGAAACGCUAUCUGAAAAGAUACCACUUGAACAGCCACUCGAUGAAGAAACACCAUAUGAUGAGGAUUCUCACGAAUCCUUUCUAGAAUUAGUGGAAAGUGCUUUGAAGGUACCCGUUACCACUGGAAGCCAUUCAAACACCACGUUAUCCGCUUCAAAAGCUGCGUCAUACUUCCCUACAUGGAAGUGGAAGCCGAGCACCAAAGAAAAUAAUAGUAAAGAGUCAAUAUAUCCACCAUGGCGAACCCUACAUAUAAAUACAGACCGAAAAUCUGGAAAAUAGCCGAACGCCCUCCAGAGCUCCUUGUGGAUUUCAUAUCACAAAUCUAAUAACGAAUUUGAUGAUAUUAGGAUCCCUUUCGAACAAAUCAAUUAAUACUUCUACACCUUUCGAGCUCACUUCUGAUACUAGGUGGUUUUGUUUCGUAUCCCGAAUCUAGCCAUUUUGAAUAUCAAAGACUUAAAAGAUUCCUUCUGGAGAGCUCGAGUGGUAUCCUCAAGGCCGCAUUUAGUCGCUCACACACGAAUGCAUUACAAGCUUCAACUGACUGCGAAAUUCCUUCCACGACAGCUUCUAAUAUUUCUUAUAACUAUACAAAUGUCGCGAAGAUCGAAAAACUGGGAAUUCCUUCCGAGCAAGUUGAGUACAGCAGGGCCCCGGAACGAACGAAAUUGAAUAUUUUGCAGUGGAUGACAUAGGAUAUUGAUAUCAUUAUCUGUGUUGUUGUGGAUCAGGAUAGGGACAAUGGCCUAUUUAACAGGGAAUUUUAGGGCAUGGAACUUUCAGAGGGAGAUUUAUGUGGAUAAAUUGAUUUGAUCUCAGUAGAAUGGCUCCGUCUUUACCUUUCCCUUUUCUCGAAGGACCUCGCGAGAUGAGGGGCAAACACAUCAAAGAAUGAGUGCCUAGAUCUCCAUCGCAUUGUGGUGAUUGAGGCAUGCAGGGAACCUUCACAUGGGUGGAAAGAAUAUAUGAUACAGCAUAAGUAUUCAUAGUUGAUGGCUGAUACCAUAUUAUUUAAUGGUGCAACAGAAUUUUCUUUCACAGGGUAUAAAAUACUACAAUUCUCAUCUCUAAACGCAGUA